GGCAGAUGAACUCCAGCACUCCAGGAACGCUGCAGAGCUCAGGAGAUGCUGCAACCCAGGUGCUUUUGCACAGAAAUUCAGUGAAAUCUCCUCUCCUCGGGCUGGCAUGAGUGAUUGGAGCUUUGCUGCUGCAAAACCUGAGAGCUGCACCAGACUGGGGAGGAUUUGGGGAAAAAGGCAUUCAGAAUUCUCAUUUUUCUGUAAAUUUGUGGGGAGACCGAGGAAUCUCACCCAGGAGCAGCAGCAUGGCCAGCAGUGCCUGCAGAGAGAUCUCCAGAAGGGACCUGCAAAGGGAUCUCCAGCUGAAAGGUGCCAUCCUGGGCAGGUCAGAAACACAGGAGUGCAUCUACUACAACGCAAACUGGGAGAAGGACAAGACCAACCGCAGCGGGAUCGAGCCCUGCUAUGGUGACAAAGAUAAAAGGAGACACUGCUUUGCCACAUGGAAAAAUAUUUCUGGAUCAAUUGAAAUCGUGAAGCAAGGCUGCUGGCUGGAUGACAUCAAUUGUUAUGACAGGAAUGACUGCAUAGAGAAGAAGGACAGCCCUGAGGUGUUUUUUUGUUGCUGUGAGGGCAACAUGUGCAACGAGCGCUUCUUCUACUUCCCGGAGAUGGAGGUCACGCAGCCAACUUCCAAUCCUGUCACACCGAAGCCACCUCUGUUCAACACCUUGCUCUACUCCUUGGUGCCUAUCAUGGGGAUUGCAGUGAUCGUGCUCUUCUCCUUCUGGAUGUACAGACACCACAAGCUGGCCUAUCCUCCCGUGCUUGUUCCCACCCAGCACGCCUUUCAUAUAAUGAUUGAGGAUCCUGGGCCUCCUCCACCAUCGCCCCUGAUGGGUCUGAAGCCGCUGCAGCUCCUGGAGAUCAAGGCCAGGGGCAGGUUUGGCUGUGUGUGGAAAGCUCAGCUGCUCAAUGAAUACGUUGCAGUCAAAAUAUUCCCCAUCCAGGACAAGCAGUCGUGGCAGAACGAGUACGAGAUCUACAGCCUGCCCGGGAUGAAGCACGACAACAUCCUGCAGUUCAUCGGCGCCGAGAAGCGCGGCUCCAGCAUCGACGUGGACCUGUGGCUCAUCACGGCCUUCCACGAGAAGGGCUCCCUGACAGAUUUCCUGAAGGCCAACGUGGUGUCGUGGAACGAGCUGUGCCACAUUGCCCAGACCAUGGCGCGGGGCCUGGCCUACCUGCACGAGGACAUCCCGGGGCUCAAGGACGGCCACAAGCCAGCCAUCUCCCACAGGGACAUCAAAAGCAAGAACGUGCUGCUGAAAAACAACCUCACGGCUUGUAUUGCUGAUUUCGGUCUAGCUUUAAAGUUUGAGGCUGGAAAGUCUGCAGGAGACACCCAUGGACAGGUGGGCACCCGCAGGUACAUGGCCCCCGAGGUGCUCGAAGGUGCCAUCAACUUCCAGAGGGACGCGUUCCUGAGGAUAGACAUGUACGCCAUGGGGCUGGUGCUCUGGGAGCUGGCCUCGCGCUGCACGGCCGCCGACGGCCCCGUGGAUGAGUACAUGCUGCCUUUCGAGGAGGAGAUUGGCCAGCACCCCUCCCUGGAGGACAUGCAGGAGGUUGUGGUGCACAAAAAGAAGAGGCCUGUGCUAAGGGAGUGUUGGCAGAAACAUUCUGGAAUGGCGAUGCUGUGCGAGACCAUCGAGGAGUGCUGGGAUCACGACGCCGAGGCGCGGCUGUCGGCGGGCUGCGUGGAGGAGAGGAUCAUCCAGAUGCAAAAACUCACUAACAUUAUAACAACAGAGGACAUCGUGACUGUGGUCACAAUGGUGACAAACGUUGACUUUCCUCCCAAAGAAUCCAGUCUAUGAUAGUUGCACUGGUCAUGGAAGUGACCACAGGACUCUUCACUGGAGCUGCUACAGCGCACGGACUGCUGGCGUCACUGCUGUUCCGGGUGGCAGGAACGGAUGGUAAGUCUCUCUGGAGCGUCACCAAGAGGUGUUUAUCCUUUGUUUUCCCUCUCCUCCUCCUCCUCCCCACCGUGGAUCCAUGAGACUUUCUGCAUUCCCUGCUUACACCUGAAGGACGUGACCGAGAACCCCUCACGUGCAGAACAGGAACUUGCGAUGAAGAAUCCGGACCUGAACGGGCUAAUGAGCAUUUUAAACACUGACAUCCGAUUUCUUAAUCCCUGUCAGAAGAGACUAAUUCCUUUAAAUGAACUACUGUUAUUUUUUUUAAAUCAAAAACAUUUCAUUUCAGAUUUAAAAACAACAAAAAAAAAAAGGGUAACUUGUUUUUAUUGCAUUCGUUGUUGUUUAUAAAAUGACUAUUGUAAUGCGACUACGACACAGCUUGUGAAUGUUCCGUGUGCUGCUGUUCCGUGUACAGAAACAAGAGUAAUCAAUGGGAUAGAGCAAAGAGGCUUCCAAGUAUUACUUAACCUCCCUCAACCAGGUAUACCUCAGUUCCACCUCGCUAAAUUAUGAUUGACAACACUAAUUGGAAUAAUAAACCGCUCCGUGUUUUGUAAAUGAUGUAUUCCCAAUUCCCUGUGUUAUUUAAGAAGGGGAAAGCUUCAUGCCCCCAGGAAGUGGCCAUUCCUAGAGCCGUGUUUUUAGCCUUUUCUUGUACUCGCUUGUUGUGUAUAAAAAAGAAAAAGUGCUGUUUAUUG